AUGGCGAACCUUAUGAAUGAUAAAGAUUCGAGUGAUAUUCCUCGUGAGUUUGAUUUUGUUGUUGAAGAUUGGGUGGGAAGGACAGAAAAAUUAAUCAGCAAAAAAGAACAGGCUGAAAAAAAUAAUAAUCCUACUUCCCCUACUUCUAAUUCUCCAGUUUCCCAACCUUCCCCAGAGUAUAAAAGUAAUCUAGAAGCCGAAAUUAAACGGCUCCAAAGUCAAAUUAGCGAGUUAGAGAACAAAAUUAAAAAUACUGAUAACUCCUCCCAAAAAGAAGCUUACAGGAAAAUAUUGGAUAAUACCAAAAAAGGUUUAGUGGAUAAGCAAAAGGAAAAAAAUGAAUUGGACGACAACAAAAAAAACUCUGAAUCCUCUAACAAAAGUAAUGUCGGAGAAAAGAAAGUUUAUCUUGUUGUUGUGCCAGUAGCACUCGUGCUGGGAGGAAUUAUCGGCCUUCUUGUUGCCCGUUAUUUUUUCAAGAAGCAAGUAGAGGAAUGGCAAAAGCAAAUGGAAAAACCCGACAAAGAACAAGUAAGAAAUAUGUUGAGUGCCUUGGGGCGAAAGCCUUCAGAGGAACAAGUAAAUAGGUUUAUCAACAUGGCAAAAGAACGACAAGCAAAAAAGAAGCUAGCAAAAACUCCGAAGAAGAAAAAAUAA